AUGGUAACAGUGGUUACAGUGGUUACAGUGGUAACAGUGGUAACAGUGAAAACAGUGGUAAACAGUGGAAACAGUGGUAACAAUAGUAACCGUGGUAACAGUGGUAACAGUAGUAACAGUGGUAACAGUGGUAACAAUGGUAACAGUGGUAACAGUGGUUACAGUAGUAACAUUAGUAACAUUAGUAACAUUAGAAACAGUAGUAAGAGUGGUAACAGUAGUAACAGUGGUAACAAUGGUAACAAUGGUAACAGUGGUAACAGUGGUAACAGUGGUAACAUUGGUAACAGUAGUAACAGUGGUAACAAUGGUAACAGUGGUAACAGUAGUAUCAGUAGUAACAGUAGUUACAGUGGUAACAAUGGUAACAGUAGUUACAGUAUUAACAGUGGUAACAGAGGUAACAGAGAUAACAGUGGUUACAGUGGUAACAAUGGUAACAGCAGUAACAGUGGUUACAGUGGUAACAAUGGUAACAGUGGUUACAGUGGUAACAGUGGUAACAGUGGUUACAGUAGCAACAUUAGUAACAUUAGUAACAUUAGAAACAGCAGUAAGAGUGGUAACAGUAGUAACAGUGGUAACAAUGGUAACAAUGGUAACAGUGGUAACAGUAGUAACAGUGGUAACAAUGGUAAAAAUGGUAACAGUAGAAACAGAAGUAACAGUGGUAACAAUGGUAACAAUGGUGACAAUGGUAACAGUAGUAACAGUAGUAACAGUGGUAACAAUGGUAACAAUGGUAACAAUAGUAACAGUAGUAACAGUAGUUACAGUGGUAACAAUGGUAACAGUAGUAACAGUGGUUACAGUGGUUACAGUGUAACAGUGGUAACAGUGGUAACAGUAGUAACAGUGGGAACAGUAGUUACAGUGGUAACAGUCGUUACAGUGGUAACAGUGGUAACAGUGAAAACAGUGGUAAACAGUGGAAACAGUGGUAACAAUAGUAACAGUGGUAACAGUGGUAACAGUAGUAACAGUGGUAACAGUAGUUACAGUGGUAACAGUCGUUACAGUGGUAACAGUGGUAACAGUGGUUACAGUGGUUACAGUGGUUACAGUGUGCUGAGCAUUGAUUCUCGUGACAAACCUAGGUACACAGACCACUACUCCGGGGUCACACUUGCCUCUGUCCAUUCUGGAGGUGACUUUCUGGAUCGUUGGUACUGGUCAUGA